CACAGGAAGACGUGUGUUGUUGUGGAUUCUAACAUGCGUUUGCCAUCACAAAGACGCAGGGUCUCUCCACAGCCCAGCUACAGGUAGAGUUUUACACACAAGUUCAUGGUUAAAAUACUUCGGUUCGUCGAUUUUCCUCCGAUUUCUUCCUCGAUUGCUCGGUUUGUAUCACGUUCUCGUUCAUAAACUAGUCAUCCAUACAGAAAGACCGUGAGUUCAAGCCAAACGCUAAUACACGGCUAAAACCUCAUGUUUACAUUUUAAACCAUGUGAUUUGAAAAAAAUACCCUCAGCAGGUGGUUUGGGUAUUUGGUCGUUGCUCAUAAACCCAGUUUCUAGUUCGAUUUUCUAACUGCGGUCGAGUGAACCGACGUUAGCUCUCAAAAGUUAGCUUCCUGUACACGCGGUGCUUAACGGUGAAAGGAGAGACCUGCUUUAUUUAUCAUGUAGGCCUCUGCGGUAGUGUUCUACAGCAUGGUUUUUAUAUAAAUCACAGUAGUUCCACACGUUUUACUAAAGCCGCCACAAGUACGUUGGAGAAAAAAAAAGGCUAGCAUAACUGAUAAUUUGUCACUUUUUUGUGCAAAAAUCGCCAUUUUUAAAGAUAAAUAAGGAGAUUACGUGACUCGUAUCGGUAGAAUAGUUUUUUGUGAGGACACAGUAGGGCAUAAGUUGUUUACACACCACGGGAUAACGCACAGCGCAUAGAACUACUGGCUUUAUACCAACGACCACCGUUGAAUUGUUAGCCAGCUGAACUACUUCCUCUUGCCACGUCUCUGAUUUCUAUCUGCCACCGGGCCUCAUGAAAAAGUCUAAUUUUAACUACCAGAGAUCCUCUGGUACUAAUGCCGAGCACUGCUGUGUACCACAGUGCAAGGUAUCCGCAAAGUACAAUUCUAUGAUGAGCUUUUUCACGUUUCCCGCUGAUGCGGAGCUGAGGAGUAAGUGGGUUGCGGCUAUUCGCAGGGACAAGUUUACGGUAACACCACACACCCGUGUUUGUAGCCGGCACUUCAGAUCUGAAGAUAUCCAUAAAACCGCAUCAAACAAUAAUCGACAGCUGUUAAAAAAAGGAGCUGUUCCUGUAUUUUUUGAAUGGAACAACUUUUCCCUUUCACCAUCAAGACCGGAAGUUUUGGAGAGAAUGGAAACAACCCCGCCAGAGACUGGUGUGGAGGACACACAGAACCACGCAUUUGACCCUCACAUUGAUCAUGACUAUGCUUUGAGACCGGGCCCUGCGGUGGUUGAUCCGAUGGUGAAGGAAAACUCGUCUCUACGGAAAGAAAAUUGCCAGCUCCGCCUGCAAAUAGAGACUUUUUCAUUGAGACAGCAGUUCUGCGUUCACCGUUUUGCUGACUCUGACAAGGAUAUCCGGUUCUUUACCCGGUUUGCAUCAUAUGACAGCCUGAUGUGCUUUUGGGGCAGUCUUCAGGAAUCACAGAAGGUACAGAGAGAGUCCAUAUCUACGUUGGAACCCAUUGAUGAGUUUUUUCUCCUUCUGAAUUUCUUCGCCCUUGGUUCCAAAGAACGGGACCUUGCGGACUGGUACGGUAUCCAUCAUCAUACUGUAAGCAAGGUAAUAAGAUCAUGGAGCAACUAUUUGUUCACAAUACUUGGCUCAGUGAGGAUCUGGAUACCGGAGAAGGAGAUACGGAGAAAUCUGCCUGCAGAAUUUCAGCUCUACCCAGACACCACAGUCAUCCUUGACUGCACUGAGCUGAGGUUUCAAUGCCCAUCUUCCCCUCUCCUCCAGAGUGAGGUGUUUUCCUCCUACAAGUCCCACUGCACUCUGAAAGGGCUUAUCGGGAUCGCGCCACACGGGCCAGUGACAUUCGUCUCGGCGCUGUUUGCUGGAUCUGCUAGCGACAAACAGAUUACCAGGGAAUCUGGUGUCUUAAAAAUGCUAAAACCUGCGAUGGCCAUCAUGGUAGACAAGGGGUUCCUUAUUGAUGACAUUGUGCCCUGCAAGGUUUACAGGCCAGCUUUCCUCUCUCACAGACCCCAGAUGUCUGCAGGUGAGGUUAGAGAGACAACAACCAUCUCACGUCUGAGAGUGCAUAUGGAGCGCUCCAUUCGCCGGAUCAAAGAGCACAAGAUCUUUGAUUCUGUUAUUCCCCUCAGUGUGCUUGGAAACAUCAAUCAGCUGUUUGCUGUGGCCUGUCUUCUUACUAACUAUGAAAAUGGGCCACUGGGAAAUCCUGGUGACGUCUGAGGAACUUGUGUGUAGGGCAACCACAGACUACAUUUAUUUACUUACUUUCACGAAGAUACUGUACAUCAAGCCUUCACUCAGAUGACCGACUGCUGCUGUGUCUUUACAGAACCAUUAUAAUAAAAAAAAUGUUUUGAUACG